AUGGCCAACAGGAACAAGACCAGGAAGAAUUACCAUGCGUACGACCCCGAAGAGAUGGAGCGCCUACGCCGUGUUGCUCUCCCAUCAAGACUCAAGUGCAGCAUGUGUUCAAAGAACUUUAACACUGCCCUUUUCAGCGAGAAACAGCUCGCCGAUGCCCGUUGGCAGAUUUCGAGAUCUGUACCGCUGAGUAAGAUCUCUACCAAAUGCGUCAAGUGCUCCGGCCAAAGGGUUGUCGAGAUCGAAUGUGUCAUGUGCCACGAGACAAAGGGUCUCGAGGCAUUCGCAAAGGCGCAACGCAAGAAGCCAGAUGAUGCUACAUGCUACGCCUGCGUGGAUAUCCAGGUCAAACGCGAGGCUGUCAACGAAAGGCGUUAUGAAGAUCCUACACUGGCCUUCAUCAACACGGACAGUUCUAGUGGCGUCUUUCCGGACUACUUCACUACUGCCAGCUCCAUCGGCGAUACCGCUUCAAGCUCUGGCGAUUGGGAAGACACCGAGUCUACUAACGGAGGACGUCGUAAGCACGAAGGCGGCGGUAUCGACCUGUCCGAUCACUUCCAGCAUGCCGUAUCUCUCAAUGGCGAAGUCUCCGAAACGCUCAUUGACUCCGAGUUCUCGUACAACCCCGCCAAAGACAGCAACUCAGGCACGUGGAGCACGGGAGCAGGUUCCUGGCAUACUGGAUCUGCCGCUGUCCUAAGCACCAACUCUGACUUUAACCGCAAACGCUCCGGCAACCCAUCUACCAGCUCUGUCCCAGGAUCUAUGCGUUCGUUCAACUCUAGCAUUGCAGAGCGAUCCCAAUCGAGCAGUGAACCGAUCGAGGUUAGGAACGGCUUCGCGAGGGUUAGGGCUCACAAGCCCGUGCCGCAAGAAGAUCCAUUCUCCGACGAGGAGGAGUCGUCCUCUGAUGAUGACGACAACGACGAUUACAGUGAUGGUGAAAACACAGUGGUCUGA